CUCUGAUAAUUAGCAUAGAUCAGUCAAUAAAUGCCUCUGUCCCGGUCUCGCUCAUCAUUGUCUCGUGUGGUUUUGAUCUCCAGCAGCAUCAUGCCUGACCCAGCAAAGCCCGCGCCGAAGAAAGGCUCCAAGAAGGCCGUCACUAAGAGCGUCGCGAAAGGAGGAAAGAAGCGCAGAAAGUCCAGGAAGGAGAGCUACGCCAUCUACGUGUACAAAGUGCUGAAGCAGGUUCAUCCUGACACCGGGAUCUCUUCGAAGGCGAUGGGCAUCAUGAACUCUUUCGUCAACGACAUCUUCGAGCGCAUCGCCGGUGAGUCGUCUCGUCUCGCUCACUACAACAAGCGCUCCACCAUCACUUCCCGAGAGAUCCAGACCGCCGUGCGUCUGCUGCUGCCCGGGGAGCUGGCCAAACACGCCGUGUCUGAGGGCACCAAGGCCGUCACCAAGUACACCAGCUCCAAGUAGAGCUCCGCUACAGCUCAACACACAAAGGCUCUUUUAAGAGCCACCCAA